AUGAGCUCAAUCGAACUCGAGACACCCGCACAGCUACCGCCAUCGCCAACUGGCUUGGCCAGGCCGGUCGCGUCGGCCAAAAAAAACUCGCGCCUGAAAACGGUUAUGCGAGUGAUCAAGGCCAAGGCCGAGAACAAGCCGCUCAGCAGCUACACCUUUGCCGAUGAGAACGAGCCACCCAGCCCAAACGCCACACGCAAGAGCAACGGCACCCCGUCCAAGCAAGUCAAGAUGAACUCGGGCACUCCCACCAAACUUCAGGCAGUUCCCCGAUCGUCGGUCAAGAAGCGCGCCAUGCAGCGAUUUGCUCACACAUUUGCCUCCCGCGCCCACACAUCGCUGCAGCCAACAACGGCGGAUGGAUCGUCCACUACGUCUUCGUCCUCUACCACCGGCGCCUCCGAGCUGUCUCAACUGAGCAAGCUGUCUCGUCGCGUUGCCUCGAGUCGCCGCAAGCAGGUGCUCGGUUCCCAGAUGAAAAACAUGUGGGAGGGCGUUGUGACACUGCUCAAGACGGCUGUCGACGCUGUCAUGGAAGACGAACAGCUGGAUCUCAACCCGGGCGAUGCCAGCAAGGGUGGGUUUGCUCAUGACGAGAGCGCCCUGGAUCAAGUUGCAUCCUCACCGACCCUGUCUCAACACUCGCGAUCCAUGUCGUCCCGCGAGUCCAGCGCAAGCAACUCGCCAGCCGAUGGCAUUACGCGCAUGAUGACGCCGGCGAAACAGCAGCGCGUGGCUCGUCGCAAGGCCCUUCGCGAGUUUUACAGGCAGUCGCCAAUGCUCAGCAAGGCACAACGGCAGUCUGGCACGUUCGAGGGUGCUUUCAGCCCCAUUGGCUACAUGUCUGGCUACUCGUCCUUUGGCACGGGUAACGAGCACUUGAGCACGACACCCACCCGUGGCGGUCUCUCGCAUCGCCACUCUGCGCUGCUGGCCCUGCUCACCAAGCCUACGACCGAGUCAACUCCUACACAGCAAAAGGUCGCGGAAACCGUUGAAAGCACGCCAGUCAGUGAACAACCUGAGACGGCAGAGCCCUCCACCAACGACGCAGCUGUUGCCGUUGCCCCCGCCGCCGUGGCGUCGCCAGCCCCUCUCGCUGGAACCCCUUUGGCUCGCCGCCCUCGAUUCCCUUCAGCCAUGGCGGCAUCUCCGUCGUUGGGUGCUACUCCGCUGAGCGGAAAACAACGCCGCGUCGAGUCCAUCUUCCUGGAGUCGCCAGUGUUGGCAGCAAACGCCCAGCAAACGUUGGUGGCCGCGGGAAUUGAGCGCAUCACUACUCCUCGGACAUCCCGCAGCUAUUCUGGAGGCUCGCCGCUUGUGAUGCAGAACGGAUCACCGUUGCCGUUGGCACCCCUCGUGCCGCUGCCCGAAUCUCCAGCGCUCCAAAUGCGGUCCUUGCCCGUGCACCGUCAGCUUCUCGAGGAGCUCGAGCAAAGCACUUCCAUCGAAGAAAACAGCUCUGCUACAAGCGUGGCAGAUCAAACGGAGGAUGUCACACGUGAAGCUGCCUCUGCUGCUGCAGAAGGAGAAGAAGCAGCAGAAGAAGCAGCAGCAGCAGGUGCUUCACCGCCGCCGCCACCACCACCGCCGCCGCCGCCGCCGCCGCCGAUGCCACCGAUGAUGGCGGGAGGACAGCGCGCGUUUGCGUCUGGUUUGAACACCAUUGCUAUGCCAGCUCCCGGCUCCCGUCCCCCGUCGUGGUUGCUCAAUCUCGCGGCCGCUACCAACGGUGCCCAGGCGCCAGCCACCCCAAGCCUCGAUCGCCAGUCCAGCCAAGACAUGUUGUCCAAUAUGCAAAAGCGUCUUCGCGAGCGCAUGCGCACAAAGGUGGGCGUCGAGUCGUCUCCCUCUGCGGCCGACAAGACCGCGUCAGGCAGCUCCAACGGUGCUGCCCCGGCGACCGGCGGCAUUGAUCCCCGCAUGCGCCAGUGGGCUGAAAUCCAGGCCAAGAGCAGGAAAAUCACGGCAGCCAGCUUCCUCGAGCUUGCGGCCGCCAAGCGUGACGAGGUGGUGCAGCUCGUGCAGCGUGUGGAGCAGUUCGCCCCGCAGACGAUUGAAGAGGUGGACGAAAUGAUUGAAGUCAUCUCAUCGGCGCCGCAGUGGUUUCCCGGCAGCUCCAAGGAGCUCAAGGCGACCUACAAGGAGUGGGAGCAGAUGGAGCGCCGCGCAGAGAUCAUGGUCGAGUUUUCGCAAACCUGCCGAUCCAUCCAAGCCGCGUGUGAGAAUGAUACUUUUGCUGCCAUUGACGACUCGUACCUCGACAUGCCGACCGUGAAUUCGAUCGAGUUUGAGACGAGCAGCCAGCGCAUCUGCGACGACUAUGCCAGCAAGUCUCGCACCUGGGCAUCGGUUUUGGCAGAUAACGCGCAGGCUUGGCGCCAAGCCAAUCUGCCCGUCAACGACGAGCUGCUUGCGCGUGCCCGCACACACCUCGGCAAGCUUGCAAUUUCUCUUAUCGGACAGUGCCUUGCUCACGCGGGCUUUGACGACUCGAUGGAGCGUGCUGCGCCACUCACGCAAGCUCAAGAUCGCACGACCAAUCGACUCAAGGAAAAGCUUGUCGCCGGCGUGCGUCUCGUGGAGCAGUGCAUCCACUUGCAAACUUCGGAAGAGCGCGAAAUGCUCACCGCAGCCGCCAUCAACGCUGUCGUUCGUUUUAUUUAUGUGGCAUGCGCCCAGGCAUCUGGCUACAAGAGCCAAGCCAACCGUCAAGAGGUGCUUGACCUGUUUGAAGGCAUGCUGCGCAUGUUCCAGACUCUCAAGUCCAUUGACAAGAUUAAGCCGGCGUCGUUCCUGCGCACCUUGCCCGCGAUUUCCAGCGAUUCCAAGAAGGCAGACGCGCCCGUUGCCAACGCUAACGAUGAGAACUGCGCCAACGUUCCGCCUCCGCCUCCUCCUCCGCAAGCCAUGUCCGUCCCGUCAACGCCAUCGCGAUCCCAAGCAAUCAGCACCCUUGACACGAGUGUGAUUGCAGACGGCAGCUCCGAGUCGCCCAUCGCUGAUGCGGAGGAGCUGCUCUGCUGCGCCAUCUUUGACGCAUGCAAGCUCUUGAUGGAGCGCAUUGUGGAGCGAGCACGCCCCACCCUGGUCACCGCUGCGGGUUGCUCGCCAAGCUCGUCGCCUUCGGCUGCCCGCCAUCGUGGCCUCAAGGCCGGUGGUGGUCCGAUGGUGGGCUCUCCUGCUAUCAAUGCAGGCGGAACGGCGGCGGGAAACAAAUCCGUCAUGCUGUGGCUCAUGUUUGGCUGCAAGUUUGUCAACAAGGCUCUCGAAAUGAUGGGACCCGAGCGAUUCGACGACGAGCGCGUCUUGGGCUUGAUUGAUGCCCUUCAGCAUCUUGAGGUGUCGCUGCCUGACAUGUAAAUGUGUCGCGUUGAAAGAAAAAAAAGUGUGAUGCCUCUUGUGGAUUAUCAAGGGGAAGUGUUGCAGUGUUGGUUGUUGUUUUGGUGUGUGUAUUUGUUGUUCAAUGAC